GAUUGCCGAUCGAUCGAUCGAUCUAAACACUUGCUUCCCGCGCAGUUGAGAUCGAAGAGCCGGAGGAGGAAUUGUUGACGGACGAGGAGGAGAAGAUAAUCGAGUUGGUGAAAAAGGAACGGGAGAAGGAAAUCGAGUUCAUCAGGGUGAAGGAGUACGUGAAGCCGAUCGUGUAUCCCUACAAGAAAGUGGUGAAAGUGUACGAGAAGCCGAUCGAGGAAACCACGAUCAAGUACCAAUUAUCAAACCCGCUGUUCGUGAAGCUCGGCUGGACCGUGCUCCCCGUUUCGAAAAUCAUGAGGAAAGUUAUCGAGUAUCAAGCGCAUCCUGCCAAACCUCAUCUCGAUUGGUUCAAGAAGCACAGGCACGAAAGAAGAUUGUAUUACGAUGUAGACAAUGGGAAGCGCGUCUUUAUGAACAUCUCCGACGCAAGAGCGGCGGAAAUAUAUUAUCCGAAUGGGAGCCUUGCCAUUAAAUUCAGCAGACCGCCAGAGCGAGACUACGAUAUGUAUACUGUAUUCAGCCCAGGAGGCAAAGAUUUCAUGGGCGUGAAGAGGAGGCCCCAGAUUAUCGCCGUGUUCGACACGAUGGGGAACGGUGCCGUGUUCGACGAGGAGGGAAGGACGAGGGUGUCGUACAAUCAGAUCGGAGGCGUUUGGAAGGAUAACCCGACCGGUAUCCCCCUCACGUGGAGAUGGGACAUUUACGAAAAGACGCCGAUACUCGAGAGCGUGUACGUGGAGAAAGCAGCGGCCCAUUUUGAGAAAUAUUUCUACCCACCGACGAUGAAGGUGUUCAGAACUAACAAAGUGUCAACGCCAUCUCUGGUUUCGCGAAACAAGGAGAAGAGGAUGGACGAGACGAAACCUUACGAGGAGGAGUUCGAAAAGGAGAAAGAGGAGAAGGAGCAGGAGCUCGAUUCCGAGCAAAUUUACUCGAGCGACGCGUGCUACUUGAAACCGAUUUUCGUACAGAUGAACGAAUACAUCAGUUUGAAAAUUUUGAAUCGGCGCACCGUCACGCUCCGAUUCCUUGCCAACACGAAAAACCUCAGAAUAGAGCUCGGCACGAUCUUGAAUCUGACCAAGCAAGUGGGAUUCUAUUUUGUGGACAUGAGGGUGAAAUUUAGUUUACUUAAAUGCAAGUUCGAUGAUCCGAUGCACAUAAGGCCGGACAGUAGCGUAUACAACAUAUACAUGGAAUUGGAAAAAAUUAAAAAAAUGGCCAAGCAACGGGAGCUUUUGAUGGACAAGUACAAACCGUUCUUGCGUGCUUGGAAAAUGAUGGGGACCAGAUGUCGUCCCCGAUAAUUUCCAUCCUUCAGAUUAUCGGAUCAUUCUUUUUUCCUUUUUUUUCUCUUUAUGAUAAAAAUAAAUAAAAUAUCCUCGACGGAUCGGAAAACAAAGCGUAGGAAUGAUCAAAAGAGGACGAAGAAGAGGAUCAUUACAUUACGCAUAGGAUUUAUAUAAAUAAAAACGAGUAUGUAAUUGAAAUAAUCAUGAAGUAAAAAUCAAAAUCGUUGCCUCGGUGUAAAAACGCUUUCCUCGCGCCUUGUCGCAACGCGUGGCAAUACACGUUACGCGCAAUUGCAUACAAGUCGCGCGCGCAUGCGCGUAUCGCGAUCGCAUCGUCCAAUUAUAUCCAUUCGUGGAUCGUACGUUGCGUACGUCGUGUCGCGUUUCGUGUUGUGUGUUCGUGCUUGUGUGUAUGUUAUGUGUGUGCGCGCGCUCAAGACGCAUACUCGAAACAAUAUUCCCCCAUCGAAGGAGAAUAUUUUAAUAUUUUUUAACAUUAUCCUCGAAAAUCUUAAAACUAACAACUAAAAGGAGGGAAAGAGGAGGGUCGUGGAUAGACAGACGGAUCGGAGAACAAAACAAUUUCGAGUUCGAAUAAAUUAGGUUAGUCGGAUCGAUCGAGAGAAAGUGGGGAGGGGGAAGUGGGCCGCGUUUAGUUAGAAAAACAA